UAUCAGGGAGAGGCGGGAAGACACAGAGCUCGAGCACAUUCAGCACAAGAGGCGGGAGAUGAAGUGUUUCUGCGAGAGCCAAAGCGCAAACCUGAUCACCACGCGCUGCACUUUCAAACCGACCGGCGCAGCUCGCUAGCUGCUCCCCCCUCCGCCGUCCGCUCCUCUAUCAGACCCACGGGACUUCACUGGUUCAUCCCUAACCGGACAGGCUCAGCUCAUCCGACCGGGAGACCGGGCGAACCCAGGAGUAGGGGGACACUGAGGUGGAGGGGGGACAUGCUCGCUCAGCAACCCAGCAGAGUUUCUCCGAGGUGGGCCAAGCUGUGACAGAGGGCCUCUCUCUGGUGAGCCAACCUGCAACCCUGACCACUCCAGCAGGCCUCACUCCCAGUCCUAACUACUGUGUGUGCCAGGACCAGGCCACCUCCAGCCCAGGCCAGACCACGUCUACCCCAGGCCAGCCCAGAGUGGGUCAGCCCCAGCCCAACCCACCUCUUCCCCAGCCCAGUAGCGGCCCAGGCCCAGGCUCCAGAAGCAUGGCCUUCACCUGUCAGAGAUCAUGGCUGCGCGGCGGCAGCAGCAGUCCCAGGCCCAGCGGGCAGCAGGCAGGGCAGCCGUGGAGGUGGAUGAAUACAGCACCAACCCCACCCAGGCCUUCACCUUCUACAACAUCAACCAGGGACGCUUCCAGCCCCCACACGUACACAUGGUGGACCCCCUGCCCCAUGACACUCCCAAGCCGCCAGGUUACACACGUUUUGUGUGUAUCUCAGACACCCACUCCCGUACGGACGCCAUUCAGAUGCCUUACGGUGACGUGUUCAUCCAUGCUGGAGACUUCACAGAGCUGGGCCUGCCCUCUGAGGUCAAGAAGUUCAACGAUUGGCUAGGCACCUUGCCCUAUGACAUAAAGAUAGUGAUUGCGGGGAACCAUGAGUUGACCUUUGACCAGGAGUUCAUGGCUGACCUGAUCAAGCAGGACUUCUACUACUUCCCAUCAGCCUCCAAGUUGAAACCAGAGAACUAUGAGAACGUCCAGUCCCUGCUCACCAACUGUAUCUACCUGCAGGACUCAGAGGUCACCGUACGCGGCUUCCGCAUCUAUGGCUCCCCCUGGCAGCCAUGGUACUAUGGCUGGGGGUUCAACCUGCCAAGAGGUCAGGCUCUGCUGGACAAGUGGAACCAGAUCCCCGACUCCACCGACAUACUGGUCACACACUGCCCCCCACUGGGGUUCCUGGACUGGGUUCCUAAGAAGAUGCAGCGGGUGGGCUGUAUGGAGCUGCUCAACACUGUCCAGAAGAGAGUACAGCCCAAGCUGCACGUGUUCGGACACAUCCAUGAAGGUUAUGGUAUGAUGACUGACGGCACCACCACGUUCGUCAACGCCUCGGCCUGCACCGUCAACUUCCAGCCCAUGAACCCGCCCAUCGUCUUCGACCUGCCCAAUCCCACCAGGACCACAUGACUAGAGAAGCCCCGCCCUGCUGAGCCCCCCUCCAAUCAGGAGCCUGGUGGUGGGAAGGCAGAUGACUCUGUUAAGCCACCAGUGGAAGUUGCUCAGUGGUGAUGUUUUGACAUUGUGACAUUGUGGUCCACCCUUCAUUUGAGACCUUCCCUGAGGAGUGAUUGAACACUUACCAGUAGGGUUUCAGAACAUGAACCCAAUGUCCAUGUUCGACUUUGUGGAGCUGUUUGCCAGCACAGAAAGGAUACCCCUUCCAGUACUCUGAUAUCACACUUCCUGCACUGCAGAUUAAAACACUGCUUUCCCCUCAUCCCUUUUUCUCUUGAUCCCUCUUUUUCUCUGCACCUCUAGUUUCACUCUCCACCCUCUCUCUCUCUCUCUCGCUCUCUCUCUCUCUCUCUCUCUCUCUUUCUCUCAGGCCUUGGGCAUGGUGGUUUGUGUGUGUGUGUGAGAUCAAAGUGUGUGUGAGGGCAGCGGGAGGUCUCUGCCACGGGCUGUGUGUGAGUAUAGGUGUCAAACGUGUUGACACCACUCCCCUGGGUCUCAUUACAACUCUCAGUAAGCCUCUUAACCAGGGGAGAGGGAUCUCUUCUCUUCCUCUCUUCCCUUCUUCUGUUUUUCCCCCUCUCUCCUUCCCCCCCCUCCAUCCUUCGUUGCAUGUGUAAUCAGCUCAUCCUCUCAUCUCUGGCUCAUGUGCCAUGAUCCUGACAAGUUUAUUUCCGAGGUCACCGGCCGGGAAGCCUGCAAGAUUUUGAUUCCGAGUACGGAAUACUGGAAAUACGUAAUAACCAACAGAGCAGAUUGGCAAAUGUGUUCGCUCCCGACCCUGUACAGAAGCAGCGGUGUCUGGAAUGUUCUCACUGCUCCAUGGUGUCCUUUCUGUGAGAGAUGUAUCAUGGGAAUGAACGUUGAACUCUUAGUGGAUGACGAUGAGGUGUAGGCCUAAUGUACCGUAACUGAUCAAGAAGUUGGAACUGUAAAUCUACAUCACCUGUCAUUGUAAAAACAUGUUAGCAAUCAAGGAUUACUUCAAAUGUUGUUGAAUAUGUGUGUGUGUGUUGUUAAAAAAAGAGCCAGUGCAAACAAUAUUUACAUUUUAUUAUAUGUUCAGUUCUUUCUUAUAUGGGCUAAUAAAUGCUUAUUACUGUAUAAAAAUAUCUGCACUAUGUUACACUCUAAAAAAUGCUGGGUUGUUUGGUUGACUCAACUGCUGAGUUGUUUUCUUUAAAAACUGCAGAGUUAUUGAUGCUGGGUUAUUGGUGCAGGGUUAAUGAUGCUGGGUUAUUGAUGCUGGGUUAUUGAGAUAUGACCCAGCAGGUCAGAAGACUGGAGGUGUAGUUUAGUAGGGGCAUGGCUUUCAGAUAGUUAUUUUUAACCACCCAUGCGAGUAAAUGUCAUUCGUAUUCAUCUGUUCUGUUGCAUAGUUAUGACAUAUUAAGGUCAAACAUUUAACAUUUUGUAGCUUCAACGACACUUACAGAAGUGUAUAAGUUCCCUAAAACCUACGUAAAUCCCAUUGUUGGGACACAAUAAGGUGGUAUACCUUAUUAGGCAGUAAGAUGGUAUACCUUAUAAUAAAUCAUCUUAACAUUACGAAAGGAUGUGUGAAAAACAUGUUAUUGACAUUUAAAUUUGCAGUAUGUAUGUUUAAAAUGAUGUACAAGAACGACAUUUACUCUCACGGGUGGCCAAUAAGAUCUAGCUGAAAACCACGUCCCUAAUAAACCACGCCUCCUGAAAAUAACCUAAGGGUUACGUUAAAAAAGACUCAGAUGCUAGGUCAACCCAGCAUGAGAGUAAAAAAUACCCAACUGAUGGUUAUAUUAACCCAUGUUUGUGUAAUCCCAACAACCCAACAUGUUGGGUCAUUCAUGCAACCCAACUGGCUUUGCCAAAAUAACCCAACAUGUGUUCUGGCCACUAUUUAAACAGCUCUAAAUUAAAUAUAUAUUUUUUGGGUGCACGGGGUUACCCACAACCCGUGUAGCUAUUAUUAACUCUUUCAUGUUGUCAAGCAGUUGUCUGCGUAAAAAGGGUUAAUUUUUUAUCUUUCUGAAGCACUUGUGAUGGGGCGUCCUUCCUCUGCUCGUCUGGCAGCCAAAGUCUUUGGUUGGCUAGCUGAGCUCAAAGUGUGGUUAGCAUAACAAGACUACAUCCCUGUUUGAUCUCUCUGCUCUCAGACAUUAUAUAUGAACAUCCCCUCUGGCUACGUUUUAUUCACAGGGUCACUGGUGUUUCACUGCUGUUCUGCACAUUGUGCUAGCUGGGUUAUGUCUUAAUGGGGCAGACUAGUGGGCUGUUGUAGGAAUACAAAGACUAGGAUAGAAUGUUUACAGAUAAGUGUGUGUGAAUACUGUAUGUGUGUGUGUAUGUGUGCGUAUACCUGUGUGCGUGUGGAUAGGAGCAGGGGGUAAGCAUUCUGAGAACAUGCUUAAACGAGGGGGGGAGUCAGUGUCUGUAUCAUUUUCUUUUAAAGGUUUCUGUAGGGGGAAAUGCCUGUUUGUUUUGGGGCAUUUCUUACUAUUCUCUUUCAACCAUAACUUUGAAAUGUCUCACUUUUUAUGCACUAUUCCUCGAUAGCUGUAUUCUGUAUUUCCUGUUUUCUUUGAAAACUCAAGUUUUGCUGUUGUAUUUCUUGUUCGUUCCUUGGGGCAUGCUGUUCUGAAUCUAAUAACUUCUGAUGACAAUCUGCUUGAAUUGUAUAUCAUUGUUACCAUUGUUUGGGAUAUACUAACUAUUGGGAUUUUUUUAUUGCUUUAAUGAUGUACAAUAUUUUUUAAUGUGAAAAGAAGAAAAAUCCAACCAUUUUAGAAUGGUAUUGUAUAAUGUGUUGCCCCUGGAGACAACUCUGUAAAUGUAAAAUACCUUUCUUAAAACUACCUGCUUCUGGUUUUCUGAGAGAUUAUCUACACAAAUUGAAUUAAACCUUAUCUGUGACCAAUGGACC